AUGGAGGAGAGCCGAGUGGGCAACUGUCUCUUGGCCUUUGUUGUCCAGGUGAAUGUCCAUUCUCAACAAUGGGAGUUAAUGACCUUCACUGCCCAGUCAGAUGACAGAGUGAAGAAGAUCAAUGAACAUGUCCGGUCUAAGAUCAAGGUUCCUGUGCAGGACCAGGUCCUCCAGCUGGGCUCGAAGACCCUGAAGCCCCAGAGGACACUGUCAUCCUAUGGGAUUGACAGGGAGACGACCAUCCAUCUCACCCUGAAGGUGGUGAAGCCCAGUGAUGAGAAGCUGACCUUGGAAUUGGUGGAGUCCGGUGAUGAGGGGCAGAGGUACCGCCUCCAGGUACGAAGGUCCAGCUCAGUGGCCCAGGUGAAAAAGAUGAUCGAGACAAAGACUGCCAUACCCCGCAAGAAGCAGGUUGUGACUUGCAAUGGAAAGAAACUGGAAGAUGGGAAGAUCAUGGCGGACUAUGGCAUCAAGAAGGGCCACUUACUCUUCCUGACAUACCCCUGCAUUGGGGGGUGACCACCCUGGACAUUAAAAAAGGGUCCUUUACUCUUCCUGACAUACCCCUGCAUUGGGGGGUGACCACCCUGGACAUUAAAAAAGGGUCCUUUACUCUUCCUGACAUACCCCUGCAUUGGGGGGUGACCACCCUGGGGAUGGAGUGAUAUCAGGAAAAAAAGCCCUUAUUUGCUUCUUUCCCUUACUCUACAUAUCCUUUGAAAACUUCCCCAAAUCAAUGUGAAAGCUAAAUAGAAAGAGAAGAUUUGGGGUGGAUUGGGGAGGAAGACUGUAGAAUACUUCUAACACAUUGAUUCUUUCAUUCUAACAUCGAAUAACUGGCAAAAUUGCAUAUAACAUAUUACCCAUAUAGACAUAAUAUUUUAGAAUUUGAAGGCCUAUUAGAGAUAGUAUUCCAAACUAGCUUGCUGUUUAAUCCUUUCUUGCUCCCCUCUGAUUCAUAGAGAACCUCCUAUUUCCUUUCCCAAAAAACAAGAUAGUACGUCUUAGGUUGUGAUCCAUGUUCUUCUUCUUCUUCUUCUUGUUUUUUUUUAAAUUGGACUAUAGUUGCUUUAUAAUGUUGUGGGAGCUGCUGCUGUACAGCAAGGUGAAUUAGCCACACCCAUGUUCUUCUGAUAACUGUGUUUGCAUCUCUGUUUAGCUCAGUGCUUCUUCUAUCAUAUCACUGAAUAAUCGUUGAAACAAAUUGACUUUCUACUCAUAAAGAAUCGUGAAUUAUUUACUGUGC